UCGGACAGAAAAGAAACGCAGGCGGCGACGGAAGGCAGCCCGCCCAGCCAUUCCAGCAGCGAGCACAGCGUCGGCAACGAUGAACGGGCUCUCGGAGGAGGACAUCCACCACGCCUCGCUGCUCGCUGAAUUUCAAGCAAGCAGCGGACCAUCCACGCCGUCACAUCCGGGCGCCGCAGCCGCAGCUGCAAAUUCUAAGGGCAUCAACCACCGCCACCACAACAAAAGCAAUGCGGGCGGCGGCGGCAGCAGCAGCAACGUCAAUAGCAACACCGCAUCGGGCUCGUCGUCUCAUACGUCGCAUCUACAUCCUCACCACCACCACCAGCAUCACCAACUUCAGCAUCAGCAGCAUGAUGCCGCCGCAGGCAGCGGAAGCGGCUCGCACCAUCACGCGCAACCACACGAGCUGGGCUCGCACAAUCACAAUCAUCCGCACGCACAUGUUGCCCAUUCACACAUGCCGUACGGCCCUUCGUCUGCCUCGUCUCACCAAGGCCAUCCACGCUUUUCAUCCGGGCAAGGGAGCAGCCAGCCGCCGCCCUCGACGGGGUUUUCGCUGGCGCCCGCCGGAUUUCAUCCGCACAUCUUUGACAACACAGGAGGAGGAGGAGCGGUAGCAGGACGACCCAAUUCCUUCAAUAACGGCUACGACCAGUCCUGGUCACAUCCACAUACCCUUGGUCCAGCGCCGCCGCCGUCCGCCUCAGCGCCAGCAGACGCAGCCCUUCAAGAGCGAUCGAAUGCCGGUGCGGGUAAGAAACAAGGGAAUGGCGUCGAGACGCCGAACCGUGCAGACAGUGGAAAGACCUCCAGCAAAAAAGGUGCGAAAGGAAAAGGGAAAGCUGCCGCCGACCUUGCCGAAGUCGAAACAAGCAGAAACUCUGACGUCGACAGCGACGAUGCAUCUGCGCUUAACAAGCAAGAUUCAAUCAGCAUUGUGAUUGGUCGGCCAAGGAUCAGCAAUGGAAAGCGUGCCAGUAGCGGCGGCGGUGGCAGUGCAAGUCAGUCGGACCGCAAGCGUCGCAGGGUGGUUGUAGCCUGCGACACGUGCCGGCGCAAAAAAGUCAAGUGUCAGGGCUUGCCCAACGCGUCCAAUGUUUGCGAUAACUGCAAAGCGUACGGCUAUAAGUGCACCUUCACCUCCGAGCCGGACCGCUCGCGUGGAAAGUAUGAAAUCCUAGAGUCGAAAGUUGAGACCUUGCUCAGCGCGCUCCGAACCGUCGCGCCGCACCUUGCGCAGCAGUUUCAGGACGGAGAUCUGAGCAUUGCCGCGCCCAGUGGCAGCAUUGCCGGCCAGGUCGACAGCACCGACUCGAGCCAGUGGCCCAUGAGCAGCAAUGUUGCGCUACCGCCGCCGCCUGCGCCGCCUCAUCGCUCUUCGCAUUCACAUCCGGGCUAUGGCGCAAGCAGUAGCAGUAAUGGUGACGAUGAAGCCGGCGGCGGCAGCGCUGGGGCAACAGGCACGAGCAGGGAAAGUAGGCACGGAUCGCUGGAAGCAGUCGCUGCUGCUGCCGCUGCGAUACUCUCUUCGGGCUCAAAUGGCCAUCGCGGCGAUGGCGCAGGGGCGGCAAGCGCUGGCGGAGCGGAGCGGGGCUCUCUGGCGCAAGGAGGAGCGUCGUCGUCAGCUGGCCCUGUUGGUGGGGCGGCCGGUGGUCCAGGCGGGCACUCUGUCGGUCGCAGUCCAGCGACACCUAGUGGGGCUGCAGACGGGCAUGGCAGCGAAGGGCGCAACACGGACCUGUCCAUAGCGCGCUUCCUGUCCGACGGUGCAGUCGGCUCGCGACCCGAGAUCAAGCGCCGCGACCUGGGGCCACUCCUGCCAGACGUAGAAGAUGGUCGGCCUCGUUAUUUCGGACGCAGCAGCACACUCAAUUACUUCCACGGCAUCGACUCGCGUCCGCCGUCACCCAAUCUCGGCAGCACCAAGUGGCUGAGCGCCGCACAUGCGCACCAGCUGCUGUGGCCGACGCAUCAUGGUGUCGCCGGCGGAGGGCGCUUUGGCACCAGAACGCCAGGGACUGCCACGCCCACCGGCGGGCUCAGCGCUAUGUACGGCCUCGAGUCGCGCUCGAGGGCUACAUCGCCUGAUCGUGCCGCCGGGCUGGGCAGCAUGAGUGCGAAUAGGCUGAGGGACUCGCACGACAACACCACGCCGUCUUCGCCGGUGCUUGGCGGGGCUCAACAGCAGCAGCAGCAACAUGAUCAAAACAUCCUGACGCCGUGCGGAAAUAAGUCGUCGCUUAGCCGACAUACCAGCGCCCCCGAGCAGGAGUUCAAGACGCUACCUCGGCCGCGGCCGCAGCCGCAGUACCCAGCCAAUUCCAAAGAGUGGGUCGCUUUGCUUCGGCGCAAAAAUCUGGAUGCAGUUGGCAGAGACGACGUAUGCGAUAACGAAUGGUUCACGCGCUACAUGCUGCCGGAAGGCGAUCUGGUGCUGGACCUGUUCGACAUCUUUUUUACACGCUUGCAUCCCAUCAUGCCCAUCCUACACCGGCCAACGAUGGAAGAGGACAUUCUGUCCGGGCGCGCUACCCACGAUACCGCCUUCCGCGGCUUGGUCUUUACGGUCCUUGCUAUUGCCAGCCGCUUCACCUCCGAUACGCGCGUGCGGACGGACGAAGACGACGCUUCUACCGCUGGCGACCAGUUCGCCAAGGCGAGCCGGCUCUACCAUCAGGUUUAUGCGGCCAGCUUGAUCAAUGUACAGGUCCUCCUCCUCAGCAGUACUUUCAUGCACAGUGAGGUGGGGCCCGGCGUGCCUUGGACCCAGCUGGGUGUGGCGAUUCGCGCGCUGCAGGAUAUUGGCCUGCACCAGGAGCGCGCCUACGUCGAGUUUAGCGAGUUCGAGCAGGAGCUGCGCCGGCGCGCUUUUUGGGGCGCCUUUAUACUCGAUGCCUUGUUCGCCGUCAACAUGGGCAGGCCUGUCGCGCUGCGCGUGUCCGAUUGUACAGUCCGACUGCCCAAGGACGUCACGGAUGACGCUAUGACGGAUGCCCACGCGCGCUCCAUCUCGCUUAAGGAUAAGGAGUCUGGGACACAGACAGUCAUGUCUGGAUGGAUCUCGCUCAUCAGGCUUGGAUUCAUAGUGCAGGAUGUCGUUUUGGCGUUGUACAGCCCUCGUUGGCGCCAAGAGGUGACGCAGGAGAAGCACAAGGACUACGUGCAGAAUCUGAGCAAGACGAAGCAGCUGCCCGAGUACAAGGACAUGGCACUCCUCUCCAAGCGCCUCGACGAGUGGAUCGCCGACACACCGGCUCAUUACCGCACACCGCAGAGUCCGUACAAGUGGCAGGCGGGUAUCUUGCAGAUGGGCACGCACGACAUAAGAUUGUACAUUCUCAAGCCAUUUCUGUUCGACCCGUACCUGCGCAAGAUGCUACACGUGCAGUGUAUCGACCACUCCAAGGAGGGGCUCAAGACGAUCGUUGAUCUCUUUGAGGAUGAUCAUCUGGCGGACAUGGUCUUUGUCAUGCAGCAGGGAUUCAUGUCGACGUGCACUUUCAUGAUCACUGUCUGGCACGGCACUGCAGAGCCGGACAAGCUCGCCGAGGAUGAGCUACUUAUCGAAGCGACGCUGCGCAUCUUUGCUUCCUUCGAUGUGCGAUUCCUCUCCCAAAUCGUCAAAAAGGCGCUUCGCCUGCUGUACAAUAUUGCUAAUCGUGCGCUGCCCAGCAUGAGCUCAGACUAUGCCGACAAGACGAAACAAGUACUCGAAAAGCUGAAGGACGUUGCCAGCGGCCUGUCUCCACCGCCUGCUCAAGCCAACGCAAGUUUCGCAGCUUCCACACCCGCAUCUCGCAUACCAUUCUCGAUUGCAAGCCCACUGCCUUCCGCCAACGCCGGUGCUGAUGUUGUCGCUGCGACGUGGCGCGAAGGCAUGUUGCCCUCCACCUUCCUCGCCGGCGUGGGCGAUCCUGUCGAUUCAGCUGGUUCCGCGAUGACGUGGGCAGCAACAACGGGACCGGCACCGGUCAAUGGCACCGCGCUGUCACCCUCCGUUUCCACGAGCAAACAGCAGCGGCAAUCUGCUGAGGCUUCCACCCCAAACACGGUACGUGAGGGCAUAAAUGGCAUGUCUACCCUCGACACCACGUUGUCCCCAAGUGGCGAUGCGCCCUCUGACAUUUGGUCUACCGGCGGCGGCGGCUUCGACGGGAAUGAGCAGCCGCGGCUCCGUCAGCUUGAGGACGCUUCGUGGGGGGACUACUUUGCUACUUUCCUGCAGUCUCUGGGAUGAGGCUACAGAGGCCCUGCCUGCCGCGAUUGAACCACAGUCUGUCGCAUGCACGCAUAUCCGCUUGAUGUAAUCCAAGGCACAAGAUGCAUUCAAGGUAUUUUUUACGAGCCUUAUCCCUGUCACGAAAGAUACUCCGCAUGUGCCAUGGAGGGAUGAUCACGCAUGCAGGAACAAAAGGACAUGUCACAAUGGUAUGUACCACGGCCGGUCGUGGCUUCCGGAUGUGAAGGUAAAUUUCUUUUUGCAUAACAAAGCUGCUGGUUCACGCAUGGGUUGCUUGCUGCCUCAGCGAUGAGCCUG